CUAACAACACCCAAUAUGACCGGAUAGAAGACAAAAACGGGAUCUGGUCUCAACUCCCUAAGCUCUCUCUUUGCUUUGUUUCACCGUCACCUUCUUCUGACCUGUCCCACACGCUCUCUCUUCUUAUACACACUCACUCACUCUCCUUCAGAUCUCAAAAAUCACAACAAAACUCUCCAUGGAGCCACGGCGCGGUGGUUUCCGGUUCAGAUCUUCAUCCAAAACGAUGCGUUUCGUCUCGUCUCUUUGCUUUCUCUUGCUCAUCCACGGCGCUUCUUCUUUCUACCUCCCCGGUGUCGCUCCCGAGGAUUUCGUCAAGGGAGAUGAAUUGAAGGUCAAAGUGAACAAGCUGACCUCUAUAAAAACACAGCUUCCUUACUCGUUCUAUUCGCUUCCUUAUUGUCGCCCUGCCAAGAUUGUAGAUAGUGCAGAAAAUCUUGGGGAAGUACUUCGUGGUGAUCGUAUUGAAAAUUCUCCCUAUGUGUUCAAAAUGUGGGAGCCAGAAACUUGCAAAAUUCUUUGCAAUGUUAAAUUUGAUGCCAAAACCGUGAAGGAGUUUAAAGAGAAGAUUGAUGACGAAUAUCGGGUUAACAUGAUCCUUGAUAAUCUUCCGCUUGUGGUUCCAAGACAGAGGUUGGAUCAGGAAUUGCCUACUGUCUACCAACUUGGUUAUCAUGUUGGUCUAAAAGGGCAAUAUAGCGGGAGCAAGGAGGAAAAGUAUUUUAUCCACAAUCAUUUGGCAUUCACUGUCAAGUAUCACAGGGACUUGCAAACUGGUUCUGCAAGAAUUGUUGGAUUUGAAGUUAAGCCAUUGAGUGUUAAGCAUGAAUAUGAAGGAAAAUGGAAUGAUGCAAAGACACGUUUAACGACAUGUGAUGCUAGUGCAAAGCACCUAGUUGUGAAUUCGAACACCCCUCAAGAAGUCGAAGAGAACAAAGAAGUAAUUUUCACAUAUGAUGUAGAAUUCCAGGAGAGUGAAGUGAAGUGGGCAUCUAGAUGGGAUACUUAUCUCUUAAUGAGUGAUGACCAAAUUCAUUGGUUCUCAAUUGUCAAUUCAUUGAUGAUUGUCCUCUUCCUUUCGGGAAUGGUGGCAAUGAUUAUGCUACGUACACUUUACCGUGACAUAUCCAAGUACAAUGAACUUGAGACCCAAGAAGAGGCCCAAGAAGAGACUGGAUGGAAGCUUGUGCAUGGAGAUGUUUUUAGGCCACCAGCAAAUUCAGAUUUAUUAUGUGUCUAUGUUGGAACAGGUGUUCAGUUUCUUGGAAUGGCCCUUGUUACCAUGAUGUUUGCGAUUCUAGGAUUCUUAUCCCCUUCAAACCGAGGUGGUCUAAUGACAGCCAUGCUCUUGCUUUAUGUUUUCAUGGGGAUUUUUGCUGGUUAUGCUGCUGCUCGCUUGUAUAAAAUGUUUAAAGGAACAGAGUGGAGGAAAAUUGCUCUCAGAACUGCAGUUUUGUUCCCAGGGAUCGUCUCUGCCAUCUUCUUUGUCUUAAAUGUUCUCAUCUGGGGUCAGAAAUCGUCUGGAGCUGUGCCAUUUGGGACAAUGUUUGCUCUGGUGUUCUUAUGGUUUGGGAUUUCAUUGCCACUUGUGUUCGUGGGAAGUUAUAUUGGGUUUAGGAAGCCAGCAAUUGAUGAUCCUGUGAAGACAAAUAAGAUUCCGAGGCAGAUCCCAGAACAAGCUUGGUACAUGAACUCAGCCUUCUCAAUUCUAAUCGGAGGAAUACUUCCUUUCGGAGCUGUCUUCAUCGAACUCUUCUUCAUCCUCACCUCUAUCUGGCUUAACCAGUUCUACUACAUCUUUGGUUUCCUUUUCCUAGUGUUCAUUAUCCUCCUCAUCACCUGUGCCGAAAUAACUGUAGUGCUCUGCUACUUCCAGUUGUGCAGCGAAGACUACCUUUGGUGGUGGAGAUCAUACCUCACAUCAGGCUCCUCCGCGCUUUAUCUCUUCCUGUAUGCAACAUUCUACUUCUUCACAAAGCUCGAGAUAACGAAGCUGGUCUCUGGUGUGUUAUACUUCGGAUACAUGCUCAUCGCAUCGUAUGCAUUUUUUGUGUUGACCGGCACCAUUGGAUUUUAUGCUUGCUUCUGGUUCACAAGGCUUAUCUACUCAUCCGUGAAAAUUGAUUAAUUCUGCUUUGAUCCUUCAUCAAAACGAGGUAAGAUUCAAAAAACAGUAGAUAAUUAUGUUUUUGUUAGAUGUAAACAUUUUUUUUGCUCAUUGUUAAACAGACGCAAGAUUAAUGUGAUGUUAUAGUCCUUUUAUUUUACCUA